AUGCGUGAUAGUGAUGGUAUUUUUUGGCUGCCAAUCCAUCCUCCUCUCAUUCCUCCUCUAGGUGGCGUUUUCAGUAUUGAUGAUGAUCCAAAAUUGUUGUUGGUCUGGAGACGUGAAAUAGAUCUCUACAAUGACUACUGCAACAAUUUCAACAACAACAACAACAUCAACAACAACAACAACUUCAACAACAACAACAACUUCAACAACAUCAACAACAACAACAACUUCAACAACAACAACAGCCGAUAUUACGUCACCGACACCAAAAACUACAAAUACAACAAUCAUUAUGACGUCACAAACGAUAAUAAUAGUAAUAAUUAUGUGUUAAUAGUUAAGCUUAGCGUUAUUAACGUUGUGAUUGAUUACUUAGAUUACUUUAAUUCCUCUAGAAAGAUAACGAAUUUGUUGGAAAAGUACAAGCCGUCUGCCGUAUUCACGCCGCAUCUCACUCCGCUACUCAAGCACAUCGCUAACAACAAACGAACUCCCAUAGUGGCUAUUACCACCGAUAAUACUGAUAGUAAUUAUGAUAUUUGUAGUAGUAGUAGUAGUAGUAGUAGUAGUAGCAGCAGCAGCAGUAGCAGUCGAUGUGUGGAUGAUUUCUGCGAUGAAAUAUACUGUAAUGGUCAUAACAAUGAUGAUGAUUAUGAUGGCAGUAGUCGUAAUGAUACCAGUAAAAGCAACCUUUCAAAACACUAUGCAAAAAUACCGCGAAAACAGUAUCCUCUGCAGCAAAGAUAUCACAGCUACAAACAACUAAAACAUAGAAAAAAAAAUAAGCCGGAAGUGGGUGAAAACUGGAGAAAAAGAAAAAUGAUGAAGAAGGGUGAAGGAAUGAAGAAGCGGAGGAGGAAUAAAGCGAAUGACGUCAUCGUGCAGCCAUGUUUUGUGGCGGCCAUGUUUGAUGUUCUGGUCAGACAUUACAGCUGGUGCGAGGCUUACUACAUCUACAUGACUAAAAGUGGCACCUGUGGAUAUUAA